CAAGCUGUUCUGAUGUGUUCAUUCAACAUUGAGAAGAGGACAGAGAGUCUCUACUCCGUACGAAGCUGAAAUAUAAGCCAAUGCAACACUACCAAGACCGAGUAUCAUUAGAGAGAGAUCGCAAUCUGCAAUUCGCGUAAGGUGUUCGUUAAAGAAUGCCUGAGACAGUCACAAAGUAACUCCUGAAAGCGAAAAAAAAAUAUUAGUGGUCAUAAGAAGUGACAAUGAUAAAUUAAGAUCAGCAAAGCGAGAGAGCCGUAUACGUGCGAGAGCAGUGAGUGCGAGAGCCUGUUGGUGAAAUAAUUAAACUGCAGUCGAUAAAAAAACGACAUUUUAUUUGCAGGGAAAAAUGACGUUAUCAUUGGGUAAAAGAGCCCAACGAAGUUUUGCUCGCAAAGUGUGGUUUGUACAUUAGUUUUCUUUUGAGAAAAGGUUCACAAGAUUUGCGCAGCGGCGAGAGCGACUUGUAUACUGAGGAGUAUGUACCUUUACCUAGAGUCGAUAAGAAACGUACAUUAGGUCGUUGAACACUUCAGAAGCUUUAGUUUACUCCGUUGUAAAAUCAAAGAGCACCUAGACCCGUACAGCGUGGCGGCCCUAUUAUUGACAUGUUCAGUGCCGAAUCAAGUACUGUAACGUCCCGUAGUGUUUAAGAAAAAUGUCAUUUGUAUACUUUAAUCCUAUGCUGUGCAGAAUGAGGUUAGAAAAUCAGGCGCAUUAUCGUAAUAAGAAAUAUGCAUAAGCAGCGAUCGACGUUUAUAAAGAAAGAGUAAAUCAAAUAUCAUAUGAGAGGUCAAUUCGAAGGCGAACAAUAGGUAAAAACAGGACUUGUAAUUGAGUUGACACUUCGUCUUGUCUGAAAUUUGUCUGAACAAACUCGCUGUCAUGUGUUAAGAAAUAUAACGAAAACGAGUAGUUCCAAAAACACAAUCCAAGAUGGACAACUUUAGCGCGGACACCUUCGCCAACAAGAAGACGGCGUUGAAGAAAGUCGCUCCAGCAAAAGUUAUGGCCAUUUGAUAUCCUAGCUCAUGGAAAGGGCUCAGAGUCUAUACUAGUAACUGAGUAUGUUUGACCCCAGCCCACAGUUCUUGAGGCUUCAAAUCAGAGAGUUUAUACUAAUGAUGGAGGAGCUAGAUGAAUCCUAGUACAUGUUCAUCGAGAAGGACUGUCCUACAUAGCACGUCACAUAGCAUUUCGCGUCGAAGUAAAAGAAUAUUUUUAAUUUUCACACCUCAGAUGCACACUGAUACCUGUCUAUAUUCACACCCGUCUAUUUGGGUAUCUUAUCAUGUCUUCUAAGAACAAGAAAAAAGGAGCUGAUGAUGAUGGUCUGGAAUCAAUGAGGGGUCUGUGGAAGCAGUGCAACGGCGAUCUUAGGGAAAUCGCGAAACGGACGUGCUCAGAUGAGAGUAAAAAUAUUUUUUGAUUUAUAUUUCCGUAGAUGGGAAAUUGUGAUCCUCUUCAUGGUGUUCACUAUUGCACCAUUACACUUUGAAAUGACUUUCAGCUUGCUCUGGAUGAUGAGAUAAACACAGCCGGUCUGUCUUCCUACAUGAAUUCAAGAUAAGAUCGCCAACUGCUCAAUGAACAAAUUUUGAUCUUCACCAGUAACUGGUGACGUAGAAACCGACUUAUGAACUCUUUACUGGACAUCGUCCAGCAUACCUCAACUUCUCCUCAUCACACAUGGUCCCGCUCCCGCCGUCCCAUCGUCGUUCUUCAGCAACCACCUGCCCCACACCCUCUUCUCAGGGUUGCUAAAGAAGAAUCCCCCGAAAGAUGAGGAAGAUUUUGCCCAUAAGAUGCUUGCUGGCGCCUAUGCUCCCAAUGAUGGUGUGCACGGAUGA